AUGUAGUAUCAGUGCUACAUGUGAGAGAAAUGAUGUUUUAUAUACCAAUGAGCAACAUAUGAGUAGACCAAGUGUGUAAAGCUUUUCUACAGUAAGUACACAUUAAGCAGCUUCACAUGGAGAUGGUUGAGAUGCUCUUCACUGUUCCAGAGUCACACAGGACUCCUUCUAUUGUGUCCAAUGAGAUGAGAUGUCCUCUUCUGACUGUUGGGACAGACCAUGGGACAGCCAGCCAGCGAGACAAGACACUGCUGCCAGUGCAGUGAUGCUGAACAACAAACUGACGUCAUCAGGAGGCGACUCUCGCACCUCACAGAGCCACAACAUGUAGAGCCCAUAACGGAGUGAAACAGCAGCAGUCACAUAUCAGUGGAUCUGUUCACGCCCGUGCACCGCAGCAACAGCAGCCGUCUGUCACGCGCAUCUGUCCGCGCAGCACCAGACAGACAGACAGACAGAGAGACAGACAGGCCUGGCCAUGAUGGCGGACUGUGUUGGCUUUCAAACGCAAAUCGCCUCGAUCAUAGAGAUACUGGCCAACUCGGCGGUGGCGGAGAUCUGUAAGCUGGUGGACGAUGGCUACGCAGCGCUGCGCUCCCAGAUGGACCAGGAGAGGGACAAGAGCGAGAAGGAGAACGAUGCUCUGCGGCAGAAACUACGAGAGAUAGACAUGAAGAUGAGGAGCUACGAGAGGAAGAUGAGGAGACGGAGUCAGCGGGAGGAGAUGCAUGCCGUGCAUUUCAGACCACCAGAAGGAGCUGACGACCAUCAGCCUGUGGUACUGCCUCUUCCCGAUGCCUCUGAAGACAAACCCUUCCAUCACAUUUCAAAGCUGCUUUUCACUGUAUCACAGCAGGAGGAAACCAAUGUGUUGCCACUGGUAAAGCAGGAGAGAGUGGAGAGAGAUGACUGCAACCUGGACCUCAAGGUGGAGGUCAACAUCAGGGCAGAGUGUGGCCUGUCUACUGCCAUGGAGCCCAGUGAGGAAAUCCCCCCCAGUGAUAUUGUUCUUGACACCAGUGUCAUCAACAUCACCUCCUCCACCACCCAACCCUCCUCUUCCCCAACUGAUGCCACGAUGGACCUGACCUGCAGGCCUCGAGCGAAACGUAAAGCCACCAUGCCUCUGGGCAACAGUUUGACAGUCAGCAGUGGCGGGGUCAUGGCCCCCGAGGCCGCUCGCAGGGACCUUGGAGGGAGCCUAACAGAUGGUGCUCUGAAGCCAGAGGUCCAGACAGAUGAUGCCGCAGAAGAUGAACUUCAUGCCUCUCAGCUGUCAGCCCCUGUAGCCUUAGAUGAGCCCAGCCCUGACCACCUGAACAGUCUGGGCCUGGACCUGGCCUGGAUGCAGGAGAGGGUCAGCCAUCUUGGUGCAGCUUAUGCAGUAGCACAGCUGGGUUUGGGGAACACAGAAACUGGCCACCCCUCUGCCUCCUUCCCCUCGCAGGGAGGAGGAGACGUUCUAGAUGGCCCUCCGACCAUGCUCUUCACAGGUGGCGCUCAUGAAAUGGCUGCUUUCGCUGCCUCCUUCGACAUCGCCACUGCCGCAGCUGCCGCUGCCGCUGCUGCUGUUGUCUCUGCACCACCUCCACCGCCUCCUCCACCCCCUCCCCCUACAGCUCCUUCUGCCACUACGACCAGCCAGAGGCGGCCUUUCAGGAGCGGCGCUGCUGCUGCUAAAGAGCCCGUGGUGUGUGCUGUGUGCGGGCGUGUCUUCCCCAGUGCAGCCGCCCUGGAGCUGCACCAACGGGUGCACACAGGUGAGAGGCCCUACACCUGCCCCCACUGCGGGAAGGGCUUUGCCCAGCCCAACAACCUGCGGGUCCACCUCCUCAUCCACACUGGGGAGAGGCGUUAUCGAUGUACGCUGUGCGGGAAGAGUUUCAUCUCAUCCAGCCACUUGAAGAGGCACCGCACAGUCCACACACAGGAGAAGCCCUACAGCUGCGCACGAUGCGGACAGUCCUUCAGCCAAAUGUGUAGCGUUCGCAGACACCGGCAGCAGUCUCAGUGUGGCCUGUAGACUGACAGCUGGAGGAGGUGGAUGGCAUCUGGAAUUGAUCCUCAUUCAGUUUGAGCUCUGAAGGGUGAAUGAUUGAAAUCCUUUACAUGGGAAUUCCAGCAUCUUCUGUAAGCUGAAACAAAGAAGCAAGGCGUUAUCCUGUGAUAUCAUGGCACGUACAGUUGAUAUUUGUUAUAUGUGAAUUCUGUUUCUUACUCUUACUGUUUCAAACUGAGAGAGGAUCACAGAGUGGACUGUACAAUAGUGCCUGCGACAGUGUUGAUAACACUCAAUUUGUCAUUAAAUGGUGUUGUUUGUGUUUA